UCAGCGAAUUCGCAUCAGUUUCAUUUGACAAUCGCAGAGUGAAAGUUGUGUGAAAUUUGUGUGAAAUUUUUAGCUGUUUGUUUAUUUACAACAGUUUUAGCAAAACUAAGUGAUAAUUAAUUAAAAAUAUUCCAUUAUAAUAUACAUCAUAAUAACGGCAAUUUUUGAUACCAGUUAGAAGUACGUUUUUGCGAAAUGUCUACAACAAAGUUUGUUAAUGAAUUUUGUGAAAUAAUCGACUCGUAUGGUGGCCGAGAUAAGGUAAUGAAAGCUCUGUGUUACAGCGCUAAGCUUGUGGCCGGUUAUCAUGCGAGUCGUAAUCCCGAAUUGGCGAAGCGUUAUGCCAUCGCCAGUUCACGUAUAUCAGGAGCUCGUACAACCCUACGCUUAAUCGACGAUAUUCCCAUGAUACAAUACGCCUUGGAAUAUGGCUGGGGCGAAGAGGAAUCUGAUCGGCUAAUGGCAGUGUUGGGAGUCACAGCAAAUAUAGUCGAUAUACUUUAUUAUCCAAUUGAGAAAAUUUGCUGGCUUUCUGAACAUAAUAUAAUCGAUGUAAAAAACGCUGAUGCUUGGGACGUUCUUGACUCGAGUUUUUGGGUAAUCUCUGUCUACCUGAAUUUAAUGAGAACAUUGCGCAAUUACUCACUGAAUCAACGGAAAGUGGAUGCGGUGAAUGUGGCUAAUUCCCAUGUUGAUGAAAAACUACUAAAAAAACAUCGGCUGGAGUUACUAUCCAUACUGCGACUGUCACUCGAUUUCACACAUGCCGUUAGCACACUGCCCAAGGGCUACCUGUGGGGCGGUAAGCUGUCAACAUUUCAAGUGGGCGCAAUCGGUACAUUAUCUGCAGCGAUUGGAAUUUAUCAACUCUUUGCAAAGCGGCGCUUAAAUAAAUAAAAUACAAAUGGGACAGUUACUGUAGUUCUCAACAAAAAUAAUUAAAUUUAUUAAAACAUAUCGCUUUAAAGUGUUACUUUGUGAAUUGUGUAGAAUUUGAUUCUAGAUUUUUGUGUGUCCGUUUUUUGUGCUCCAUAAAUAAAUGUUAAAUUAUUGUGAUUUGUUUUUUUGCGCAACGCAAGAGAAAAAAGACAAUGGAAUUGUAGAUUGUACAUAUAUUCUUGUAAAAUUGUAUUUUAUUAAAUCAUGUAUAUGCAUGAAUAUAUGUAUGUAACUCAAGGCAAUCAAAGACAGUGCAAUAGUAUUGGCCUUCUUUAGAAAUUUAAUUAUUAUAACUUAUUUUAUAGAAAUAGUAAGAGAAGUGUAAUUUAUGUAAUACUAUACAUAUGUACGUAGUGCAUACCCAGAUAUUCAUAUAUAAAUAACUAUUUACAGAUAUGAACACUUGAUAUUUGUACCAAGAGAAUGAAGAAUAAAAAA